AAACAUCCGUUCAAUGCAUUCACGGAAAACAAAAACGACGACCGAGGCAAAUUUUUGGGUCAACUGACCAAAACCAUAUCCCAGGAAGACACAGCAAAGAUAAGAACCUAUGGCGAAGAGGAACAAUAUGCAUAACACUAGCCAUGCCAAUAUCAAUACAGUGCGAUUUUCACUAGCCCAUGUUCCAGAGCAUCACCAAGAUCUUUGCAUGGGGACGAAGAGGAGUGCAUGGAAUUCGGACGAGGAUUAUCAUUCGUCCAAAAAUCGCGAUCGGGUUGCUCUCCCACCCAGAAGGCCAUCAAGGAUUCGAAAGAACCCGAACGGUCUUAACGAAGAAGUAUUUGUCAGUAGUGGUAUAGACGGGCAACGCAUGCUUCCUUACCGCGAGGCCAGGCAGCUUAGCAAACCCUCCACCGAGCGUAAAUCAAUAUUGAAAAAAAGCAAAUUCAGCCAUCGUGAUUCUACUAUCUCAAAGAUUCCAUCGACCUCAAAAUGCCCCGAAUCUCCAAAUUGUUCGAUCGCUUCUGACGACAGCAGCUCCGCCUUUGAUCGCGGGGCGACAUCUCUCUGUUCCUCACUCCUUAGAAAUCACCGGGAUUCCGUCCUCGAUCUGCAUCGAUUGGCUAGGCAUCGCAGUGGGGUGAACUGUCCGCGCAAACCAUCGAUUGCCGACGAAUCAAUAACGGAUUCCUCCAUUCUGRACGACGAAAGCGAUGACGAUCGAUCAAUGUCGACCCUCGGUCAAUCAAAUCAUACUUUCGGCAGCAAUCCACCCCUCACGGACUURCUGCUCGAAAUGUAAGACGACAGCAGCUCCAUGCAACUUCGGAGUGUUAUCAGCUUGGUGGUAAAAGUUCCAGACAUCCCAGGUGAAAAUCACAAAGCGAGAUGCUACAUCUAUAAUCCACAUGUUUAUUCUAUAUAUAUAUGUUUGUCGACAAUGGUGCUCGAUAUCUUUGAGAAGCUAUCGGAAUAAAAGUCUUUGCAUCAA